AUCAUCCAGUCAGUCACUAUGUCAACUCUGAGACCGGUGUAAUUGUAUUAGUUUCUAAACCAUCAUAAUGAUGCGGUCCAUUCUGAUCGUGGCGCUUUUACUGUCUAUAGCAGCUGCUUAUUAUAUUUAUCUGCCUCUGCCCAGCACUAUAUCAGAGCCAUGGAAACUCAUGUUUAUGGAUGCAAUAUUGCGUGGUGUAAUGCAUGUGAGCUUUUUCGCUCACAAUCUUGGCCUGAGUCGACCUUUCGAUGUUGCAAAGUACGCUGCGUCAUGGGAUGAAAUAAAGGCUCCACAGUCCAGCCAAACCAUCCGGGUCACAGAAACAUAUUUCGGAGGAGUUCAGGCACAAGUGUUUGAAUCCACACAAGCAGAUCAGGAGCCCUAUUUAAAAAGAGGAAUCAUCUAUUUUCAUGGCGGCGGAUGGACACUAGGCAGUGGAAAGAUGCAGACAUAUUACCUUCAGUGCUGGUCUAUGGCUGAACAGUUAGAUGCUGUUGUAAUAUCAAUUGAGUACAGGCUGACGCCGGAGGCACGUUUCCCAGAUCAGUAUAAUGAAGCCGUUCAGGCCUCAAAACACAUAUUGACGGCUGAGGUUUUGAGUCUGUAUUUUAUAGACCCAAAACGAGUGGCUGUGUCAGGUGACAGCGCCGGAGCCAAUCUAGCUGCUGCUGUGGCGCAACAGAUGGCUUUGGACCACAGUGCUUCUAUUAAGUUCAAAGUCCAGGCUCUUCUGUAUCCUGUGCUUCAGGCUCUAGACUUCAACACCCCAUCAUACCAGCAGAACGGCCACAUUCCCAUCCUGCACCGUCCUCUCAUGGCCCGCUUUUGGCUGGAGUACCUAAACGGGGAUCCAAGACUUGUUACGUCUUUACUGGCAAACAACCACACCGUUCAGAGCCAGGAGACAGAAGCGGCCAGGGCUAAGAUCAACUGGACGAGGCUUCUUCCGGUGGCCUUUCAGAAGAGCUAUAAACCUGUGUUUCCUCUUGACGGAGACCCGAAGCUCUUGGAGAUGCUGCCAGGCCUGCUAGACGUGAGAGCAGCUCCGUUACUGGCUGAAACUGAAGUGCUGAAGGCCGUUCCUCCUGCUUAUAUCAUGACCUGCGAACAUGAUGUGCUGAGAGACGAUGGGCUGAUGUACGCCACACGACUGCAGCAGGCCGGAGUUCACGUCACCCUCGACCACUAUGAAGACGGCUUUCAUGGCUGCCUCAGUUUUGCUUUCGGACCCUUUCGCUUUUCCGUGGGCUUUAAAAGCUUUAGGAACUAUAUCAGGUGGAUGGUGGAGAACCUCUAAUGAAGUAUGUUUUGAUUUUACAAUUUCACAAAUGGAUUUUUAGAAUUAACAUGCAUCAAUCUGGGCCAAAGCUGCUGAAACAGUUUUCAGGACAAUAGUUUUAUUGUUUUAGGAGUGGUGGAGUUAAGCUACUUUGUGUUAUAUGAAUAAUGCAAGAUGAUCCAGAUUAUACAAAGAGGCUUCUUGCAUUUCCAGGAAAGUAAAUCCUCGUCUCUAUUCUUAGAGAAUUGCUAUUUGGACAUCUGUAGUAUUAUUGAAAUUAUUCAGAUUAUUAGUAAUUCUGCUGCUAAUGAUGAUAAAAUAUGUAUAAAUAAUAAACAUUUAUAAAAGUAUUAAAAUGAACAGUUAAAUUUAAAUCAUUUUUUAACCUGCAAGAUUAUAUCGCAGCUUUAUCUCAAAAUUUAUAAACAGAUUAUAUUACAAACAGACUGUUUUUAUUUUAUAUGAACUCAACAUUUCAUUAAAUAAAGAAAGAAUUGCAAGACUAUAAACCUGAAAUGAUGAGAACUAAUAUAAUUUUUAAGAAAAAUUCAGAAUUUAAAAAAGUUUGAAUUGCGAGAAAGCUUUUACAUUCAUACUUUCUAUUACGAGGAGUAAAACAUGCUAAUUUAAGGAAAAAAGAUCAGUGUAGUGGAACUGUCAAAUGUCAUUACAUUUUACCUCCAAAAUUAAAGUUUAUUCAUUCUUUCAUUUAUUUUCCUUUAACUUAAUCCCUUACUUAUUAGGGGUCGCAACAGCGGAAUGAACCGCCAACUAUUCCUGCAUAUGUUUUACACAGCCCUUCCAGCUGCAACCCAGUACUGGGAAAUACCCAUACAAAUUAAUUCAUAUAUAUUCAUACACUAAAGCCAGUUUUGUUUUUGGAGGAAACCCACGCAAACACGGGAUGCAAAGCCACGAGCCCGGACUCAAACUAGCGACCUUCUUGCUGUGAGUGCUAACCACUGAGCCACCGUGCCGCCCAUGCAAGUUAAAAUCUAUAGAAAAAUUUAUAUCUACAAAAAAAAAUGUUAUAAUAAAUAUUUAAAUGUCCACUGCUCCACAGAUGUAUCACCAACCAAUAAAUACUCACCAGCCACUUUAUUAGGUACACCUGUCUAACUGCUCGUUAACACAAAUUUCUAAUCAGCCAAUCACACGGCAGCAACUCAAUGGAAUUAGGCAUGUAGACAUGUGCUGCGUCCCAAUUCGCAUACUUAUACUACACCCUAAAAGUAUGUACUUUUUUUGUGAAGUUAAAGUACACACUUUUGAGUGUGUAACAGAAGAGUAUGCAAGUUUUUGGGAAAUACUAAAUUCCUCGUUAACAGAUCGUUGUGUUGCUUAGUUACGAGCCCUGUCAAUCAUCCACACAUCAUCCACAUUUCUUUCAUAUUUAAUCUCCUACCUUAUUGGAGAAGCAGCAGCAGCAGGUUAAUCUCCCAUUUACAAGUCUUUUAUGCAGAGAAAUCUCCUCAGGUGUUUGGAUAAUUCUGCAUUUAGACGUUAAUGUCCAAACACGAUUUAUCUAAGUUCAGUAUUGUUGUUGCAGAUGAAAUAUAACACAGAAAACACGAUUAAAACAUGUUCCAUUGGGCUAUAUAUUAAUAAACAGUCACACAAACAUCUUUGCCAAAGCCUUUCUACUUGACGGUUGUUCUCGCGCAUCCAUCAUGUUUGUAGUUUGUUUACACUUUUCACCCGCAUUUAUAGUUCUAAAUUGAAUUCACGUCCUACGCGCCAUGUAUUGUGGACAAUAUCAGCGGUUAGAGUAUGGACGCUUCUACACUUCGAGUUUUUACCGGAAAUUGUAAAACAUACGGGAACCUUUGGCAUACUCUUUUCAACAUACUACGAUUUGGGACAUACUAAUUCUACUUUCAGAUACUAUUUAGGACGGAUAGUAUGCGAAUUGGGACGCAGCAAUGGUCAAGACAAUCUGCUGCAGUUCAAACCAAGCAUCAGAAUGGGACUUUGACCAUGGCAUGGUUGUUGGUGCCAGAUAGGCUGUUCUGAGUAUUUCAGAAACUGCUGAUCUACUAGGAUUUUCACGCACAACCAUCUCUAGGGUUUACAGAGAAUGGUCCGAAAAAGAGAAAAUAUCCAGUGAGCGGCAGUUUUGUGGGUGCAAAUGCCUUGUUGAUGCCAUAGGUCAGAGGAGAAUGGCCAGACUGGUUCCAGCUGAUAGAAAGGCAACAGUAACUCAAAUAACCACUCGUUGCAACCGAGGUGUGCAGAAGAGCAUCUCUGAAUGCACAACACGUCAAACCUUAAAGUGGAUACGCUACAGCAGCAGAAGACCACAACGGGUGCCACUCCUGUCAGCUAAGAAGAGGAAACCGAGGCUAAAAUUUGCACAGGCUCACCAAAAUUGGACAAUAGAAGAUUGGAAAAACGUUGCCUAGUCUGAUGAGUCUCAAUUUCUGCUGCGACAUUCGAAUGGUAGUGUCAGAAUUUGGCAUCAACAACAUGAAAGCAUAGAUCCAUCCUGCCUUGUAUCAACUGUUCAGGCUGGUGGUGGUGGUGGUGUAAUGUGUGGGAGAUAUUUUCUUGGCACACUUAGUACAAGUAGAGUAUUGUGUCAACGCCACAGCCUACCUGAGUAUUGUCACCAGAUCUCAAUCCAAUAGAGCACCUUUAGGAUGAGGUGGAAUGGAAGUUUCACAUCGUCCAUGUGCAGCCGACAAAUCUGCAGCAACUGUGUGAUGCUAUCAUGUCAAUUUGGACCAAAAUCACUAAGGAAUAUUUCCAGUACCUUGUUGAAUCUAUGCCAGCGAAGGAUUAAGGCAGUUCUGAAGGCAAAAGAGGGUAAAACCCGGUACUACUAGUAAGGUGUACCUAAUAUAGUGGCCGGUGAGUGUAUUGGCUGAUGUUCUUAAUCAAUUUAAAGCCAACCACACAUCAGUUAUAGCAUGGAAGAAAGGCUGAUAUUAAAAAUGAACUAAUUACAUAACAGUUUUAUUGUUGCAUAAUCAAACGUUUUUCCUCCUGGCAUUAACAUUUUACCAACAUGCAAUGAAAUCUGAACAAAAUUUACUUCAAUGGAUUCAGCACAUCAAUUUCUGAACCCAUUUAAAAAGGCUUCAGAAGUUUUUGUUUCUCAAACGUUCUGUGAGCAGAUGGUGAUGGGAGGACAAGAUGGUUCAUGUCCGUCACACACAGACUUGCAGCGUUGUACAUUUUUACUCUCUUUCUCUCUCUCUAACACACACACACACACACACACACACACACACACACACACACACACACACACAAGCAUGCAAUUGUGCUCUGUGGCCUAGUUUUGCGCAGCUGCAUCAAGGCGUGUGAUGAUGCACAGAUGUACAUUUUCAUACCUCCAGGACUGAGUAACACAUUCUGAAUGCAAGAAUUGAUAUCUUUGUGGAAAUACCCCAUCGCUAUCUGCGAAUUUCAGAGAAGAAUCUGGGAAAUAGAAGAAAGAAAAUCAGUGAGGUGGUUAAAUUCUUAAGUGUACUUUUCAAUUUAAGAUACAAGCAUAUUAUAAACUCAUGUUAAAAGUGUGGUUUACCAUCAAAAUCAAAAGUGCUUCGUCAGCAAACAUCUUUUCUUUGCAGGUUCCACUUCCUGUUUAGGAUGGUUUACAGCCUGUUUGGUUCACAAUUCCAUCAAAUUCCACAGUGCUAUCACUUUAUCAUGGAAAAUUGUGUGUUAAAUGGAAUAUUUCUUGUUAUGGGUUGUGUGAUAUUUCAAGAUCAUGAAUGAGAGUAAAGUGAAGAGACAAAUCA